AUGCGUCCCAAUGAGAACGCGGAUGUGUCGACCCUACAGCUACAUGCCGUAGCCGUCAGACGCGGUGAUCUGGCGUCCCCGGGCACAACCGACGCAACUCAACUCAACUUGAUCAUGGCCCGUGAGGGCAUUUGUGCUACCAUCUUCAUCGCCCUCCAUCUCUACACCACGCAACGAACCAUCAAGGACUUCAACGCUUUUCAAAGCGCAUUGAACAGGAUGGUGCCUUUUCUGCAGCCGCGAUCCUUUGAACUGCCUAAACCGGAAUCCUUUUUCCCCCGGAGGGAUGGCACGCUUGAUCAGGGUAACCAGCCUUCAUGUGGCCGUUGGGUUGCGGUUCUCAUUGUCGGUUUCAACUCUCUUUUCGAGAGACCAGAGACCGGCGCAACCUGA